UCAUCUUCAACCACUCCAACAAGCUGUUCCAGUACGCCAGCACCGACAUGGACAAGGUGCUGCUGAAGUACACGGAGUACAACGAGCCGCACGAGAGCCGCACCAACACCGACAUCAUCGAGACGUUGAGGAAGAAGGGCUUUAACGGCUGCAACAGCCCGGAGCCGGACGGAGACGACUCCCUGGACCGCAGCCCGCUGACGGAGGACAAGUACCGGAGGGCGGAGGAGCUGGACGGCCUCUUCAAGCGCUACGGCUCCUCGAUCCCACAGCCCACCUUCUCCAUGCCGGUCACCGUGCCGGUGUCCAAUCAGAAUGCGGCGUCCCUUCAGUUCAGCAGCCAAGGCGGCGGCGCCCUGGUGACCACGACCUCCUUCAUCACCUCCGCCCUCGCAGACCCACGCCUCCUGUCGCCACAGCAACCGGCUCUGCAGAGGAACGUCGUGUCGCCGGGGUUACCACAGCGACCAGCCAGCGCAGGUGCUCUGCUGGGAGAUAUGGGGAACUCAAACGGAGGGUGCCCGAGUCCAGUCCCCAGCGGCUACCUCAGUGCCCGGGCGUCCCCGGGCCUCAGCCUGGGGAAGGGGCCCAAGUCCCCCCCCCACAGCCCCCAGAUGGCCGCCGGCCGCAAGCCGGACCUGAGGGUCAUCACCUCGCAGAGCGGCAAGAGCCUCAUGCAGCUGACAGAGGAAGAGUUGGAGUUGACUGCCCAGCGGCUCGGCGGCUCCCAGGCGGUGCAGUCGCUCACCACGCCGGUGGUCUCCGUGGCAACGCCCAGUCUCCUGGCGCCGUUCUCUGGCAUGCAGACGGCCUACAACACGGAGUACCAGCUGACGAGUGCAGACCUCACGGCGCUCCAGACGUUCACGCCAUCGGGGCUGGUGCCCGGCAACAUGGCUGCCUGGCAACAGCAACCGGCGGUCUCCCAGCAGCAACAACAACAACAACAACAACAACAACAACAACAGCAGCAGAUGAGCUUGGCGUCGCUCAGUAACCUGGUCAUGUGGGGUGCAGAGAAGCAAAGUGCACAGAUAGUCGACUGCAUCUCCGAUUUCGCCGCCAACCUCAGCUUGGCCGCUCAGUCCAACUUGCUCUUUGGCAGGGAGGACGGCCUGUGCUGGCCGAUGGGUCAGAUAUCUCAGGGCGUGAACCCCAACAUCAACAUCAAGUCCGAACCCGUCUCGCCCAACCGCGACCGCAGCACCCCCGUGGGCGGCGGCCAGGCCCAGGGCCAGGGGGGGGGUCUGGUGUCGGGGGUCUACCCGGGGGGUCAGGGCCGCUCGCCGGUCAACAGCCUCAGCAGCAACGGCAGCUCGUACGAGGGCAGCGACCGGGACGACGGCGGCCACGGGCGCGGCGGCGUCCCCGACUUCCUCCACCAGGGCGGCGCCAGAGGCCAGCAGCCCGCCAUGCUGCUCCUCAGGCCGGCGUCGGCCGAGCCCCAGGACCAGGACGGGACCAACGUCAAGAGGAUGAGACUGGACGCCUGGGUCACAUGAGGAGGAGGAGGAGGAGGAGGAGGAGGUGUACUCGCCCCCACCAGCCCUGCACACACACACACAAGCAUGCGAACACGCCGUCAGUGUGGACACACUUGUGCAUACACGUUAAAACUGAACAGUCACACACACACACACACACACACAACCCCAAAGUGGGCGGAGCCGUCAAAACCAGGGAUUCCUCUACUCAACUUGUCCGGUAGUAGAGUUUUUUUAAUCAGAGGCUCAUAAAAAAUAUUUUGGACGUUGUUUUUUCCCAGCAUGCACCCUGCUUUGAGCUGCACAUCGAGCCGACGCUGUCGGGCCGCGUUAGAUUCUCGGGCCCUUUUUUUUCUUCACGUCAACGAGACCCACGCCCCCCCUCAGACCCCCAGACCCCCUCAGACCCCCAGACCACCUCAGACCCCCUCCAGACCACCUCAGACCCCCCUAGACCCCCUCAGACCCCCAGACCCUCUCAGACCCUCAGACCCUCUCAGACCCCCAGACCCUCUCAGACCCUCUUAGACCCCCAGACCACCUCAGACCCCCAGACCACCUCAGACCCCCCUAGACCCCCUCAGACCCCCAGACCCUCUUAGACCCCCAGACCACCUCAGACCCUCAGACCCUCAG